AAAUGCACCGAAUUCGCGCCUCCAGCCCCGGAAUCCAUUCCACGCGCCUUCAACAAAAUUGGCACCUGUUUCCAUAUGUAACCCUCGCCCGCUCUUUCUCCUUCUCUCUCUCUCACACACACCGAAAGCAAUACCCUAACCCUAACCCCGGUGGACCAUUCAGUCGGGUCUCUUCUCCUUAAUUCGCUGUUCAUGCAAUGGAAAUAUCAGAAUCCGUUAUUGUCAGGUCUAGUAGACUGAAAUCUGUUGUGUGGAAUGACUUUGAUAGGGUUAAGAAAGGUGAUACCUGUGUGGCUAUUUGCCGGCAUUGUAAAAAGAAGCUCAGUGGAUCAAGUACUAGUGGAACAUCUCAUUUGAGGAAUCAUUUAAUUAGGUGUCGAAGAAGAUCGAAUCAUGAUGUGGCUCAACUAUUUGCAUCAAGAGAAAAGAAAAAGGAAGGGGCGGUUACCCUGUCUAAUUAUGCUUUUGAUGAAGAUCAGAGGAAGGAUGAAGUGCUUAAUGUUGUGAAUAUUAAAUUUGAACAGGAUCAGGUGAAAGAUGGCAUAUCUAAUAUUGGAAACAAUGUUAUUGAUCAAAAGCGGAGUCGAUUUGAUCUUGCUCGAAUGAUAAUUUUACAUGGUUAUCCUUUGACCAUGGUUGAGCAUCUUGGUUUUAAAAUAUUUGUUAAGAAUCUACAGCCGUUGUUUGAUCUUGUGUCGCUUAACGGAGUUGAGGCUGACUGUAUGGAAAUUUAUGAGAAAGAGAAACAAAAGAUGUAUGAAGUGUUGGAUAAAUUGUCUGGAAAGAUCAGCCUCGGUGCUGAUAUGUGGAAUGCUUCAGGAGAUGUUCAAUACCUUUGUUUGACGUCUCAGUAUAUUGAUGAAUCUUGGGAAUUGCAGAAGAAGAUUCUGAAUUUUGUGAUUAUGGAUCCCUCUCAUACAGAAGAUAUGCUUUCAGAAGUUAUCAUGACAUGUUUAAUGGAUUGGGAUAUUGAUCGUAAGUUGUUUUCCAUGUCAUUGGAUUGUUGUUCAACCAAUGAUAACAUCAUGUGCAGAAUUAGAGAUCGACUCUCACAAAAUAGGUUUCUUUUAUGUGAUGGUCAAUUAUUUGAUAUACGCUGUGCUGCAAAUCUUGUGAAUAUGAUGGUCCAAGAUGCCUUGGAAGCAUUGUCUGAGGUAACCUGUAAGAUUCGGGAAAGCAUACGGUAUGUUAAAAGUUCACAAGCAGUGCAAGAGAAGUUCAAUGAAAUGGCUCAACAAGCUAGAGUUGAGAGUCAAAAAUUCUUAUGUCUUGAUAAUCCAUUGCGGUGGAACUUGACAUAUUUUAUGCUUGAAGCUGCCUUGGAGUACAAAGAUGCAUUCUCUCUUCUGCAAGAACAUGACUCUGCCUAUACAAUGUGCCCAUCUGAUACGGAAUGGGAGAGAGCAGGUGCUAUAGCUGGCUACUUGAAGCUCUUCAUUGAAGUUACUCAUGUUUUCAGUGGGAGCAAGUACCCAACUGCAAAUAUAUAUUUCCCUGAGAUUUGUGAUAUUCACUUGCAAUUGAUUGAUUUGUGCAAUAGCUCAGAUAUUCUUAUUAGCACUUUGGCUUUGAAGAUGAAAAGCAAGUUUGAUGAGUAUUGGAAGAAAUGCAGCUUGGCUUUAGCAGUUGCAGCCAUCUUAGAUCCUCGAUUCAAGAUGAAAUUGGUAGAGUACUACUAUUCUAAAAUUUACGGCAGUAAUGCCACUGUUCACAUUGAUGAUAUUUCUGUCAGUAUUAAAGCACUCUUCAAUGAACAUGCUAUCUGCUCCCCUUUAGCUUCUUUGGAUCAAGGUCUGGCUUGGCAGGUGGGUGGUAGUGGCAGGCUCAGUGCUGGAAAUUACUCUAGGGACAGGCUGGUAGGCUUUGACAAAUUCCUUCAUGAAACUUCACAGAGUCAAAGUGUAAAGUCAGACUUGGACAAAUACUUGGAGGAACCUCUCUUCCCUAGAAAUGUUGAUUUCAGCAUAUUAAAUUGGUGGAAAGUUCACACUCCAAAAUAUCCUAUUCUAUCUAUGAUGGCACGCAAUGUUUUGGGGAUUCCUAUGUCCAAAGUUGCCUUGGAUUCAGCAUUUAACAUGGAAGGUAGAGUGCUAGAUCAUGAUCGUAGUUCACUAAGUCCAGCUACUGUCCAAGCUUUAGUAUGUGCACAAGAUUGGAUGCGGAAUGAAUUAGAAGAUUCAAAAUCGUUCUCAAGCCAUUCUACUUUGCCCUUAUGUGUUGAUACAAGUCAGCAAGUCAAUGCUAUUUCUGGAUCAAGAUGGGGUGGCUAUAUGGUCCUGGGUUUGAAGGCCUAAGAUGGACUUACUGCUAGUUGGUUCUUUUGCUUUAUAAGACAAAAAGUAUGCUGUGGGGAUGACUGGUAGGUGAGAAACUGAUGGUCACCCUUUUCUCCUAACCUCUUUUACCAGUGACCGACACUUCAACAUAGAGCCUGCCUUACUAUUUGGAAUAAGAUGUCAGGCGUAGGUUUAUAUUUUUCCCCAUGAGUGGCUAACCAGCUGUUUUCUGAUUUAAUUUGUGGUCUUUGGUUGCUAAUCUCAGUUGGGAUACACAGUUAAUGAACAGAUUAGAUAACAAUUGUCUGAAUGGGUUGGUGCUUUAGCUUCGUUAUUCCAGAAUGAGGAGGCCGAUAUGAUCCUCCUAAUAAUUUAAGAACUGAAGAUUUCAGGGAUGUUU